AUGUCCUACACUACUUUUUGCGAUACUCACGACUUCCUGCUAAAGCCAUCCGAAAACACUCUCAGUUUCUACAUUGUUUACAUGUGCCAUUACAUCCAACCUUCCUCCAUCAAGAGCUACCUGUCAGGGAUCUGUGUGGAAUUGGAAGGCGCCUGGCCAGAGAUUCAUACAAUCAGGAACUCGCCUUUUGUUUCACGUUGCCUUAGUGGCUGUAUGAAGCUGCACAACACCCCCAGCAUUCGGAAGAGGGCUCUAACGGAGGAAGACCUCAUUCUCAUCCAAAAUAGCUUGCCACAACCUCCUUCCCACGACGACAAAUUAUUCAUUGCAAUGACCUUCACUGGCUGGCAUUGUUUAAUGAGAUUGGGGGAACUCAUGGACCCGGACUCCACCGCUUUAUGCAAUUUCCGAAAGACCAUUUGUCGUCGCUCAGUGCACUUUCAUAAAGACUUCUGUUCUCCUCCUUCAGCGGAUCGGUUGUUUGAGGGAUCCACAAUCGUUCUAGAGGGGCGCAAGAACCGACUGGACCCAUUGUCAGCUUUCGCUCAGUACCUAAUAUCGCACGACCAUAGUUUCCCCCACCUGCCUGAACUCUGGCUAACUGAGAAGGGCACAGUCCCAACACGCUUGUGGUUCUUGAAUCAUCUGCAUGCUGUAUUGCCAAACGAAAAUGUCAGCGGUCACUCUCUACACUCUGGGGGUGCCACCGCGCUUGUGCUUGCUGGAACGCCACUGCCUCGUAUCCAAUUGAUCGGGUGCUGGUCUUCUGAAGCCUUCCUCAUUUACAACAUCCACCCCCUCCAUCCACCAGAAUAG